AUGGGGAACACCCAUUAUCCCAACAACUCAGACGCGGCGGAGCGGCCGCUCCUGGAUGAAGGCGCGGCGGGCUCGGGCAAGGGCCGCUUCCUCGUGCGCAUCUGUUUCCAGGGUGACGAGAGCGCCUGCCCGACGCGGGACUUCGUGGUGGGCGCGCUCAUCCUGCGCUCCAUCGGCAUGGAGCCCGACGACAUCUACGCCGUCAUCCAGAUCCCCGGCAGCCGCGAGUUCGACGUGAGCUUCCGAUCUGCGGAGAAGCUGGCCCUGUUCCUCCGCGUGUACGAGGAGAAGCGCGAGCUGGAGGACUGUUGGGACAACUUUGUGGUGCUGGGGCGGAGCAAGUCCAGUUUGAAGACGCUCUUCAUCCUUUUCCGAAACGAGACCGUGGACGUGGAGGACAUCGUGACCUGGCUCAAGCGCCACUGCGACGUGUUGGCCGUACCCGUGAAAGUGACGGACAGGUUUGGGAUCUGGACCGGGGAAUACAAGUGCGAGAUCGAAUUACGUCAAGGGGAGGGAGGCGUGUGCCACCUGCCCGGGGCCUUUUUCCUGGGGGCCGAGAGGGGCUACAGUUGGUACAAGGGGCAGCCCAAGACCUGCUUUAAGUGUGGUUCCCGGACCCACAUGAGCGGCACCUGCACCCAGGACAAGUGUUUCAGGUGCGGGGAAGAGGGGCACCUGAGCCCGUACUGCCGGAAGGGCAUAGUGUGCAACCUCUGUGGCAAGCGAGGACACGCCUUCGCCCAGUGUCCCAAAGCUGUUCACAACUCCGUGGCAGGUCAGCUCACGGGCAUGGCCGGUCACUGAACACCCCGCCGCCUGCUUCUCAGCCAGGGUGAACACACAGCCAGCAUACCCCUCUUUAAGUGCCAAAAGUUUUUUGAGAACUUUUUUUU